GAGCAUGCGCACUGUCUACCCUCUUGCUCACCCCCCCACCCCACCGUCUCCCUUCGCCGGUGAAUGGCGCUGAUGGUCGGCGACUGUGGGUCUUUGGCGGCUCCUCCGAGCCCCAAGCGGUCCAGGGCCGCCCCGGGAGAGCGCGGAGACCCGCUCGGUAACCGGGUGACGGUGGUGCUGGGUGCCCAGUGGGGGGACGAGGGCAAGGGAAAGGUGGUUGAUCUGCUGGCGCAGGACGCCGAGCUGGUUUGCCGCUGUCAGGGUGGGAACAAUGCAGGACACACCAUUGUGGUGGAUUCUGUGGAGUAUAACUUCCACCUCUUGCCCAGUGGAGUGAUCAACAAGAAUGCCACAUCCUUCAUUGGCAAUGGGGUGGUUAUCCACAUCCCAGGACUCUUCGAGGAAGCUGAGGAAAACCUCCGGAAGGGCAAAGGUUUGGAAGGUUGGGAAUUGAGGACCGUGAUCUCAGACAGAGCCCACAUUGUGUUUGAUUUCCAUCAGGCAGUGGACGGUGUGCAGGAGCAGCAACGUCAGGAGCUGGCUGGGAAAAACCUGGGGACCACUAGGAAAGGCAUUGGGCCAGUGUACGCAUCGAAAGCCUCUCGCACCAGCCUCCGUAUCUGUGACUUGGUGUCGGACUUUGAGGAGUUCUCGAAGCGAUUCAGAGGGCUGGCCCAUCACUAUAAAAGCAUGUACCCAAUGCUACACAUCGAUAUUGAAGGAGAGUUGAACAAACUGAAGGAAUACUCUGAGCGAAUCCGUCCCCUGGUGAAGGAUGGGGUUUAUUUCAUGUACAAUGCCCUCCAUGGACCGCCAAAGAAGAUCCUCGUAGAGGGUGCAAACGCCACGCUCCUGGACAUUGAUUUUGGUACCUAUCCUUUUGUGACCUCUUCGAACUGCACAGUGGGUGGGGUGUGCACCGGACUGGGGAUUCCCCCUCACAACAUUGGCGAGGUUUACGGUGUCGUGAAAGCUUAUACCACUAGGGUGGGAGUAGGUGCCUUUCCCACAGAGCAGAAUGACGAGCUGGGUGAGCUGUUGCAGCAACGGGGCCAUGAGUUUGGAGUCACCACGGGCAGGAGGAGGCGAUGUGGCUGGCUGGAUCUGAUGCUGGUGAAAUACGCUCACAUGAUUAACAGCUUCACUGCGCUGGCUCUCACUAAACUCGAUAUACUCGACACUUUCGAAGAGAUCAAGGUCGGUGUUGGAUACAAAUUGGAUGGAAAAACCAUCCCUUACUUCCCAGCCAACCAGGAGAUGCUGCACAAAGUGCAGGUUGAGUACGUGACACUGGCUGGGUGGAAGAGGAGCACGGAGGGGGCCCGGACUUUCAGUGAGCUGCCUGAGAACGCCAGGAGUUACGUGCACUUCAUCGAGGAGCAUGUCGGGGUGCCAAUUAAAUGGAUUGGAAUCGGUCAGGCCCGGGAAUCCAUGAUUCAGCUCUUCUGAGGAUAAAUGCGACCCAGAGUGGGAGAGAGAAAGAGACAGGACAUCAACCUGGCCCACUCCUCACUGGCUGACACUCGCCCUCCUGCAGGCUUUCCUGCCCCAUCACUGACCGCAACAUGUUUUCCCCAUCUUGAGCUGAUGCUGGGCUCUCCCUGAGCACCCUACAGUAUUGCUGUCUGCCAAAUUCCUCAAAGUCGACGUUUUGAGAGUUGGCUGCUUUGCAAUCCCGGGUCUGGUCCAGAGGAGAGUGAGACCCUUACAUCUGUAUUUUCGUUCUUGCAUUUUUAAAUUCAAUCAUUGACGCAAGUGUUAUCUGCAAAAAUCUAUCAGUCCCCCCGUCUCUGGUCAAUCUUGGCCUUUUUAUUUUAAUUAAAACAUUAAUUCAUAGGUUUGUUUAUGGAGGUGAUUAACUAGACAGCAUUUAUUGCCCAUCCCUAAUUGCCCAGUGGGCAGUUAACAGUGGGUCUGGAGUCACCGGUAGACCAAACCAGGUAAGGAUGAGUUUCCAACCCUCCAGGGCAUUAGUGAACCAGAUGGUGUUUUUUUUUUCCAGCAAUCAACAAUGCAUUCAUAAUCAUUAGAUUUUAACUCCAGAUUUUUACUGAAUUCAAAUCCCGCCAUCUGCAAUGGUGGGAUUUGAAUCCAGGUCCCCAGAACAUUAUCCGAGUCUCUGAAACCGCGAGGCCAACGCCGCCCCAUUGCAGUGUGUGCAGGCACGGCUGUGGGCCUCAGUGCCACCAGGAGAAAGUAACUGAGUGGUAAUUGGGGUGUCCUGAUAAGUAAACAGAUUUUCUUUUACACCCCGACAAAGUCGGUGAAGAUUCAUUUUGCCUCUACCCAGUUCCUAAGGCUGGUGGCUCUCGUGUUGAGCGCCAGCGCUGACCCCAGAGGUCAAUGCCAGCCAUUUCUUGUGGCCCCUUCAACCCCAGCCCAGAGAGAAAACUCUUCUCACCCACCCUUGACACUUGUGUAGGUGAAGGAGCUCCCAGGCUGUAAGUGUGAAUAGAGUGCCAACUGUACCUGCUGUAAUGUGGGCUGGGUUAACUGCCCUCUGGGAGGGCAAAUACACAUGAAUAGGCUCUAUGAAUGGCAUGAAAGUGAAUACUUGCUUUGAAAGCAUUAUUAAAAGACUUUGCUGACAUCUGUCACCACUGUGUAAUGAGCAAUAAAGAAUGGUAUUAUUAUCCCAAUCCUUGAUUAUUAGCCGAAUUGUAAAGGGCUCCUUCAACCAAAAGUAUUUGGAAUCCACUGUUUCACCCGACCAUUCUGAGAGGUCAGGUCAUGGCAGCCUGAAGCCAAAAUCCACCUCCACGUCUCCCUGUUUAGAAUCCGCCCCCCACCAUCCCCUUAGUCACUAGACCUAGUGGGAACUGAACCAAUGUGUCUCAGGCUCCUUUGAUUUGGUGCCGUCAACAGGCUGCAUUUAUGUAGCGCCUCAGGUGUGGUGAAACAUCCCAGAGGGGACCUGAGUACCUGACAAACCUGGUGCUGAGCCACGUCAUUGGGUAGGAGCAGGCAGUGGAGAGCUGGGUCAAAGAGUAGGGUUUAAGGGGCAUUUUGGAGAGAGGGGUGUUCUUCACGAGGUUGCUUAAGCUCCAUGGGUUUGUAAUUGCCAAAAUGAGAGAAGUGAAAUCAGAGGUGUGUAUGUGAAUAUGUUUAAAGCAGCAUAUUCUCUGAAAUUGUCAUUUUAUAUUAUGGAAUGUUAUUUUCCAAGAAACUGAAUGAGGGCUAAAUGUUUUGGUGUUAAGACAGUUCCAUGGGUGAGUGAGACUGUCAUGAGGAUGGUUUGUAUUGUACAAAUGUCUGUUUAUGACUCUCCUCUAACUUUUAUCUAUGCACUUGGAUGUAAUAAAAUACUUGAUGCUUCCAUUUUAAA